UGAGCUCUGGUGGUAAGUAAAAGUAGUAAACAAGUGUACGGUGCGAAUCGAGCUAUCGUCGACGUCGAAGCUGUCAAACAUGGCGAGAAUGUCGAUCUCGAGUGCUGGUCAAAAAUGUGAAUAGAGGUGUCGAGUUGUGGUGAGAUUCGUGAAUCUCGGGUGUUCUCGUCGUCGGCAGAGGCCGGCGAGAGAUGCGAUCGGGAGUUAGACUGUCAGGCCGAAAGUGAAUGUGCCGAGUGAACGACCCCGGCAGUUUUGCGGCCGGGAUUAAUGUGAGGGCAUGCCAAUUCGGGAACUAUGGGUGCUCAACAGACUAAGGAGAGAAUCAUUCCUGCCGGCUCUACCGCGCGACAGACGCGCAAACAGCCAAGAAACCUUAAAGAAUCGCGACUAGUUGGCUCCAAUAUAUUUACCGAACACAGCGAAGCUCUUUUGCAAAGCAGACCGCUACCUCACAUUCCGGCAUUACCAGAUGGUGAUCCUCCAAGCGGUUCCGGCAUUCAGCCAAUUUCACAGCAAGUAAAUAUACAACAACAUACAGGUGUUCCUUCAACAGGGCUUUUGGAAGCUGCAAACAGGUGGACCAGUAAGGAAAACCUUUUAGCUCAAGAGGAAGAUGAUCCACAGUUAUUCGUUGCUCUCUAUGAUUUUCAAGCGGGAGGGGAGAACCAACUCAGUCUUAAAAAAGGAGAACAAGUUCGUAUUCUGAGUUACAAUAAGAGUGGUGAAUGGUGUGAAGCUCAUUCAAGUACUGGUCAAGUAGGCUGGGUUCCUUCGAAUUAUGUUACCCCAGUAAAUUCUCUGGAAAAACAUUCUUGGUAUCAUGGAAGAAUAUCCAGAAAUGCUGCUGAAUAUUUGUUAAGUUCUGGGAUAAAUGGUAGCUUUUUGGUUCGUGAAUCAGAAAGCAGCCCAGGUCAACGUAGUAUUUCUCUACGAUAUGAGGGAAGAGUCUAUCAUUAUAGGAUUAACGAAGAUAGCGAAGGAAAGAUGUAUGUCACUACCGAAAGCAAAUUUAAUACUUUGGCAGAACUUGUACAUCAUCAUUCAAUGCUUGCCGAUGGUUUAAUUACACAACUACUUUAUCCUGCACCAAAGCACAAUAAACCCACUGUUUUUCCACUCAGUCCAGAACCGGAUGAAUGGGAAAUCAAUAGAACAGAUAUAGUCAUGAGACAUAAGUUAGGAGGGGGACAAUAUGGGGAUGUCUAUGAAGCAGUUUGGAAGAGGUAUAAUAUGACUGUUGCUGUGAAGACCUUAAAGGAGGAUACAAUGGCUUUAAAAGACUUCUUAGAGGAAGCUGCAAUCAUGAAGGAGAUGAAGCACAGGAAUCUAGUUCAGUUAAUAGGUGUAUGUACUCGAGAGCCGCCUUUUUACAUCAUUACUGAAUUUAUGAGUAAGGGGAACCUGCUAGACUAUUUACGGAACGAGAGCAAACAUCAAAUCAACGCAGUUGUUCUGAUGCAUAUGGCAACACAAAUCGCUAGUGGAAUGAGUUAUCUAGAAAGCAGAAAUUUUAUCCACAGAGAUCUAGCUGCUCGGAACUGCCUAGUGGGUGAAAAUCAUCUGGUGAAGGUUGCUGACUUCGGUUUGGCUCGUUUAAUGAGGGAUGAUACAUAUACUGCUCACGCUGGGGCUAAGUUCCCUAUAAAAUGGACUGCUCCAGAGGGAUUAGCUUACAAUAAAUUUUCUACAAAGUCUGAUGUAUGGGCAUUCGGAAUCUUACUGUGGGAGAUAGCAACCUAUGGUAUGUCUCCAUAUCCUGGCGUUGAUUUGGCAGAUGUCUAUCACAUGCUAGAAAAAGGAUAUAGAAUGGAGUGUCCUCCUGGAUGUCCGCCGAAAGUUUAUGAAUUAAUGCGUCAGUGUUGGCAAUGGUCAGCUGCUGACCGGCCUACAUUUAAAGAGAUUCAUCACUCUUUAGAAAAUAUGUUUCAAGAAUCGAGUAUUACCGAAGAAGUUGAAAAGCAGCUUCAAGGUGGAGGAGAAAUCCCUUUACUAUCAUAUAAGAAAUCUCAAACUGGUAGUACUGGAAAUAUUCAUGGGCUUGUUCUUGUCUCUGAACCAUUACCUUCUUCAGAAACUACUAGUUCUGUAACGAAACUGAGUACAUUCACGGGUGGUCUGACGAGUAAAAACAAUAGCAGCAUGGUGCAGAUGAGGCGUUCUACGAAUAAAAAGGGAAAACAAGCUCCAGCGCCGCCCAAAAGAACCAGCCUGCUGUCGUCGUGCAGUUCCUUCCGCGACUCCGCCUACCAAGAACAAGAUACUCAAAAUACAGAAUCGAACACCAUGAUACUUGACGACGCCACGGAUCUAAAUGGUAUUGAUAAGAUUCUCGAAGGUAUUGCGAGAGAUCUCGCGACGAUGGCUCAAGGAACGAUUGCUGCAGGAGGCUGCGAAAUCGAGGAGGAUGGAGAGGGUUCUCAGGGUACGGCGGAACCAAACUUCAUGUCCCAACCUUCGACGUCUCCGGAACCUAUACCAGGACUAGCUUGUUCUCAAAAACAGAUAAAGUCAAGACCUUAUCCAUCAAAAGAACCAUUACCACCAAAGGUGGUACAAGUAGGAGCACUAGAAGUACAGAACGUAAAACGGGCUAUUAAUCGUUACGGUACACUGCCGAAAGGUGCUAGAAUUGGCGCAUUUCUUGAAUCUAUACGUCAAAGCAGCAUGCCUUCGAAUCAAGAAUCAACUGCAGUAACAUCCACCAUGACACCCGGAUCGGUAGAACAACAUGAAGCUUCUAUCGACAGUUCUCAACAUAGAUCACUCUCACCUCGUCAAAGCAAUCUAAGGAGUCAACCUCAAAUGACCCGCAGCAAUUCUUCAAGCGGCGUUGUCAAUACUUACCAGCCUCCGAAUUCUCCUCGUGGCCGAGUAGUAGCUGUGAGAAAGAAUAACCAAUCCGAUGGUGUUGGUCUAAGAACAUUUCGGGUCUCAAGCAACUCCAAUUUUCGUACUGCAAGUCCCUCGCGGUCUGUUCAACCGUCGUUAGCCGAUUUAGAAUUUCCUCCUCCACCCGCUGAUCUGCCCCCUCCUCCGGACGAAGCCUUCUCUACUCCGGAACAGGUUGAUCUUCCGCCUCCUAUUUCUUGCGCAGAAAUCUCUCAAGUAAGAAAUUCUCCUCUCUCUAUACGAAAGGCUAAGAGCACUGAUUGGCGAACGAAGGAGGAUGACAAUGAACAACAGGAAGAUAGAAAUGAUGUUAGUAAUGCAGAGCCUUCUGUUAAAGAAGCCAGUUCAAGAUUCGGCGUUAAUUUGAGACGCAGAGAAACUCAGGACAGCGUAUCUAGGUCUUCUGAUAACAAAAGGACGGGGUUUAAAUCCAGAAUAGAAACGAUCGAACCUGCUGCGCCACCAGAAGAAGCACCGCCUCCUCCUCCACCGCCACCACCUCCGGUAUCGACGAAUACACCUCCCGAUAGUUUCGAACGUAAACCCGGCAUGAAAGAGAUGCUAGAACUGAAACUGAUCAAUGAAAUUAAACAGAGUGCAGAGACGAAACAUGGUACGACUACAAAGAAAUCUGGACUCACGAGCAGUACACCAUCUGCACCGUUGGAUCCAGCAUCGCAGUUACUUUCGGAACUCUGUGCUAGUUUUAAUAUGGAUUCUGGCCAGAGACACGCCCAAAACGAAUAUGCUGUAUCAACUCUGAAAACUAAUGAGGCGAUUCAAGAUCAACAGCAACAAACUCAUAACAUUUAUAAGGACUCGUCGAUAUCGUCUCCAGUGACUGAAUCUAUUCUCUCUAGUGGAAACGUUGGGUUUAAAUUGAAAAGAGUAGAUAAACGAAGCAAUCCGCAAAAGGAAGAGACAUCCGAUGGACAAAUAAUUGAUUUCAAGGCCAGAUUGCGAAAAGUUGAAAAUGCCGAGAAAGAGAAACCUACGGAGGAAAGGAGUAAUCUUACCGAACAGUCUUCAGAAUCGGAAGAACAACAAGACGAUAAACGCAGAAGUACUGGUAGUAUUAGUAGUUUGAAAAAACUUUGGGAAAACAAAGAGUCUUGCGAUAGCCAGCCACAUAGCCCAAAGCUUAGUGUUCGAGGAAGCGGUGGUAAAUCAGAGACACUUGACCAAACAGAAGAUUCGCCAGAAGAUCAUAGCGGAGCUUCAACCCGCAGUCAGAGUUCUGGUAGCAAAAGUGAUACUAGAUUAUGGCCUCCACCUGAGCCAGAAAAGCCUGUUGUUCCAGCAAAACCACUGAAACCUCUUUGUUCAUCGACAAAACAUUUCUGCUCAUCAAUAUACGCGACACCGAACUGCACGAAAUCUCAACAUACGGAGGAUGAUCUAAGCAAGCAGAAUACGGAUUCAAGAACCGCUAAACAGGCUGUAUUAGAGCUUUCGACAUUAAUUGAAAGCAGUGUGCUAAAUCUAAAAAGUAAUUCGACGUUAGUAAUGACCAGCUGGAUUCAACUCUCUGACAAGGUAGGGCUUUUGCACGGUAUGUGCACGAACCUCGCGGACAGUGGCAUCGCCCCGCAUGCCCGGUUUCAAUUUCGUGAGCUGUUAACCAGGUUAGAGCUUCAGGCACGACAGCUUCGCGCUGCAGGUACACGAAAUGUCGCAGAGAAUACGAGACUCCUCACUGACUUGCAAAACACAAUAAAAGAUGUGGUCAAUGCCGUGCAAAGAUAAACCGGGGAGUUUGACAACUGUUUUCUCCAUCCAUCUCCACCCUUGUUCUCGUCUUCAUUUCUGUUAACCAGAGUUUGAAAUAUUCGCGAGUUCAAGCUCGAUCGAACAUGUUUUAAGGACUUCUUCAAAGAUCUUUUAUUUCGUGUUUUCCCUUCCCAUGCUGAGUAUUAUAUUUCCCUGAAGUUUGUUAUCCCAUUUUAUUUGGGAUUCCUUUAGCAUGUUUCUUUUGUGUCGAACUUGAAAGUUCGUUUGCAAUACUUUCCCUGGAGAUGACUCGAUCGGAGUCUGAAUUAUGAUUAUGGAGAGCACACGAAGCCGAGAAUGCUUGAAAGCAAGGCCUCAAGCCGAAACACGGCCUCAGUUAAGAUAUCGGUUUGAUGGAAAAGUAAUAAGAAAGAAUGAAUUUAAAGAUGUAAUACUAAAUUGUCGAAGAAAAAUAUAUUCCAUCGAUAUUCAUUUCUUGUUAUAGACUGCGAUUAGUCAUUUUCGUUCGAAUUUAGAAAUAUUUUUAGUAUUCGGUUGAUAUCAAGAAAGAGGCCCGUAUAGCGCGCAAAAUGUAAUUCACUGAUAUUUUUUAUUAUUGAGUUUUCAAAUGAAUAAAUGAUAAUUCUUAAAAACGACAUGAGUGUAGGCGUACGAUAAAUAUAUAAGGAUCAGACGUACUGGUUCUUAAAAUUUUUUUAAUAAUAGUUUUAAACUUGUAGUGGAAGGACGAGCAAUCGCAGUUCAUUAAAACAAAAAAUAAAAAGGAUAGGUAACGCGUAUGUGUAGUAAGAAUAACAGCAAGAUGUACUUUUUGUAUACUAAAUACUUUUGAUUUUUCGGAAUAUACGUUAUUACUUUUACGUCGAUCCAAUAUUUAAUCUGCAUAAAUGAAGUUGUACGUGAAUUAUACACUCGUCCGCUAUACGAUAAAUGUGGUGAUUAUAGUUGUCGAGUAAAACGUCUCGGUGUUCUUUCAUCGAACUUUCUUACGCCGUGCUUCGUAAUAUCGUACGCAGUCUUAGGCUAGAUUAUAAAUCAUAAGUGCGAAACUUUUAAGCGAGUAAGCCAUUUUAAUGCGUGAGAGGAUGUAACAAUUUUUGUAUUUGUAUAGAAUAAGUCGAAUAACAGGUAUGCUUAAACAGUACAGUAAAACCUCGAUCACGCAAACUAAUCAGAGAAAUAUCGUCAAGUUGAUGGACUUCUCGAUUAAUCAAACGCAAUUUUCAAUCUCAUUGUAAUUAUAUUUUAUUCACUAUCUACUUCAUGCUGUAUUAUAAAAGCAGAUUAUGUCAUUACUCAUAUCACAGUUUCUGAUUUUAUUUUUUGACGCAGUAAUCGUAUAAGUGCGUAUAACAUUAAAGACUAUUUGCAUUAUAAUAGAACUUAUCAAAGUAAAAUAUUUAAUGCUCGUCAGCCCAAUGUAAUCAUCAUAAUACGAUCCAAUUCGUAUUUGAGUAAUCGAAAGUUCGAUCAAAUGUUUGAAUAAUCAAAAAUCGAGUUUAUUAUACGGUCAAAUAAAGUCGAAGUUCUACUGUACAUUACAUAUAUAAAUCAGCGGGUGUAAUUAAUCAAAUUUUGAAGCAUUUUAUUUUGUCUACGUUAUCACGUAGACGUUCUUCCAGAAAACGUUGACGGAAACCCGACUCCGGAUACUUCUUGAAGAACCUGAACAAAAUUCUUUAUUCACUUACAUUCUUCUUUACUCAUCGUUCACUUUCAGCAAUAAUAUAAUUGUGUUCAUUAAUUUUAAAAAUGAAAUAUUUGUGCAGAUUAUCUGUAAUAUAAUUUUAUUUCUUCGAGUUUAAAUUAUUUCAACGAGUUUAAGCAAGUGUUUGAAACAUUUCGAACUACUAGUGUAAUAAGUGUUGUUUUUGCAUUUUCUUAUUAUAGUCUUCCAUAGAUAGCUUCCGGAGUCUUCAUUUCUUUUAUUCCGCCACGUAAAAAUAAGAAAUACGCAACGAUAAUGAAAUGCCACCCUAUUCACAAGCAGUUUUUCCUUAUAACACUGCCUACGUUAUGGCUACUAGAAUACAUCGAUCGACAAUGCUAAUUAUGCGAACCGGACAUUUUCCUCUUUUCGGUCCGAUUACUCGAUUUCUGUUGCAUCGUUUGUACCUGUGAUACACCGAUCGACUUGUCUGUUAUCUUCAAAGAAAAAGAGAGAAAAAGAGGGAGAGAGAGGAUGGGAGGAGAAGAAAAACCUGAGCGAUCGUAUGAACGAAUCUUUGCGAAAUGAGAAGUCCUAGGUGUAUAGAUUUUUAAGUGGGAUUUUAUUCAAUUUCUAGUUAAUCAUGUAAAAGUACUCAAAGAAAUAUUAUCUGUAAAUACGUAAUUAUUUUCAAGAAAUCACACAUAAUAUCGUAUGAUUAAUAUCCAUGUACAACAUUUUAAAGCAUCAUUAGCCUAAUUAUAUAUCAUUUUUUUAAUACUACUUCUGAUUCUUAUUGAAUCGAGAAUCGUGUAUUACAAAGACUGUUUUAUCUAUUAUAGGCAGGUGUCUAACUGUGAAUUUUGUUAAUCUAAAAAUUGCAUGUUGUAUGUAACUAUAAAAUCUUGUUUAAUUAUUUUAGGGAUUAAGAAUAUUUACAAAUAUAAAUUAGAAUGGUAUUAAUAUAAAUAGGAAACAUGAUGUGUGAUUUCUUCAAAAUUUAAGUAAUUAUAGGCAAUAUUUGUAAAAUUUAUAAAGGAAUGUCAUGAACUAUAGAUUGAUGGAUGUUUCAUUCAAAAAGCUUUAUACCUAGAAUUUCUCAGAAUUUUAUUAAUCAGUGGAUGUUUAAGUUGAUGAGCCAUCAAAGGAUAUGAAAUCGAUGUUUUAUACAAUAUGUAUCAUAGUAACAUUUAUGUCUAAGUAUUUAUAUCUAUAUUUAUUUUUAGUUCUUUCUCGUGUAAAGUUAUUCCUAAAUGAUCGACCAACGUACUGAUUCACUAAUACGGAAAUUUUAAUAUCGCUUUAUACAUUGAUAUAAGACCGACGAUAGAAAUAAAAAGGAAUAUUGAAUCAAAUAGUUCUUUGAGAAAAUGGAGUAUAUACUUAUUAUUUGAGAUUUUAAUUCACAUUGUCUGGCACUUCUUGCACUCGAAAACAGUCACUUACAAUUUUCCACUUAUCUCCCAUUGCUGUUAUAAGAAAGCUUUGAUUGAAUGGUUUUGAUGUCUUAUCAUCGUAUUUUACUUGUCCACCAACCUUUACAAGGAAUGUCAGCUGAUUUGCCACUUCAGGACCUAUAAACGCAUAUAUUAAUAUACCUUGUAACAUUUAUUCAACCAACAAUGCAUUGUUGUAUACUAGUAUCAAAAUUCACCUGUUAUUGGCUGAGCAUCUAACGUAAAUACAUUAUGAUCAGAAGGUGGCAAAUCUGUCCAAAAUUUUUGUAUAUUAUCUUUGCCAUCAAUACCAUUUCCAUUCCAAAUUAAAGUUGCAGUAUCCAGAUAUAACCUUGAUAUCAGCUAAAAAUGCUUCCAAGUUACUUAUUGCAAACCCAUUUUAUUUACUUAAUUUAUUAAUAUUCAUGAGACUUAGACAUUUCUCGAAAUACACAUAGUUCGUAGAUUUUCUAUUAUUUCCCAAUUAAUAAUAUAUUUUACACACAUAUGUAAUGAUAAAUUUACUUUUCCAAAAUAAUAAAUUCAAGCAUUAUUUGAUAUUAAAGAACUUACAUAUCUACGUUUGUCUAAACUUUCAUAAUAAAGCUUUGUAAAUUCCUCAGCUGUUCGACAAGCUUGAUCAAUCUUACUCUUCAAAUCCUAUAAACCCAUAAAGAUCAAUUAUUCUAAAAAAUUAUUAUUCACAAUAGACAAAAUAAUAGUUUUUGAAGUACCUGUUCCAUAUUUCAUAACUAUUAAUUAAACCACUUCUAUAGAAGUUCAAUGUUUUGUUUAGUGUGUUGUUACAAAAAUUGAAAACAUAACCUCUGCAAAAGAAACAAAUUUAUUAUAAUUAAACUACAACAAUAGGUAUUACAGUUUUUUAUUAAGAGAUCAUCUACUUUGAAGUAAAUAAAAUUUGCGAUGCAAGUUAUUUUUGUACCUUUUAAUAAAGUUACAAGAAUAUUACAUUUUUUCACUGAAGAAGCGUACCUGUUAUGACUGCAUUAACCUUUCUUUUUCGAAUAUAUAAUAAAUUAAAAAUAUUAUUAUGAAUGUUUUUCCACAUUGAAAGCA